AGAUUUUGCAGUCAGCACCCCUUUCUUCUCGCCGGUGCAAGGGAACUUCGGCCGCCAUGGCUCCUGCCAGGCGUGGAUUCCUUUGCGCCGCGCUGGCGGCGGGCUCCAUCGGAGCCGAGGCGAAGGUGGAUAUUCAGGCCAUGAAGCACGACAUCCAGCUGAUCAAUGCCGGAAACUUCGACGGAGUCAUCUCCAAGUUCCGCGAUAGCUCGGUCAGCGCGGUGUGGUUCUUCAACGCGGACAGAUCCGAGGACCAGGCCUUCCUCGACGAGUACAACAAGGUCGCGACGGACAUGAAGGGCAUGAGCAAGAUCUGCGCCUUCAGCUGCACUGACAAUCCGGCCUUCUGCACCAAGCAGGGCGUCAAGGA